AUGUAAAAUAAUGCACAAGAUGUCAAUCAGCCAUCAUAAAAUAACAAUUCAGAAUAUAAGGAUUAAUUUAAUGAAUUCCUUAAUAAAGCUUAGAAAUCAUAUUUUUAAGGAAGUUCAUAAGUAAUCUUUAAUAAUUAAUAUUUAAGAAAUUAGAAUAAAGUAGUAAAAUAGAGUUUGAUAUAAAAAAAAAAGAUCAACAUUGUACUGCUAUUGCAUUUCAUCCUUAAAAAAAUUAUUUUGUAGCAGCAGUAGGAUUAAAAUUAUAUUUCUAUCAUAUAUUAUAUGGUUAAAGUUCUGAUUAUACAGAAGAAAUGUCAAUGAAUUUAGAUUUACCAAAAUUGACUAAUAAUUCGAAAUUAUUAAUUGAAUAAGAGGAAAUGGUUGGUUAAAAUAAAAUUUCUACAAAAAUUUCUACAAUUUAAUUUACCCCUUCUCAUUAAGAUCAACAUUAUUUAUUAGUUGGUACUUAAAAUGGAUGUUUAAUUAUUAUAAUUUAUAAUUAUAAUCGUUUAAAAAGAAUACAAUAUGAAGAGAAAUUGAAAGAUUUAGAAACAAAUCCUGAUUUAAAUAGAGAAACGUUGAGAUAAAAAGUUUUGGAAGAUAUUAAUAAAAUUUAAAUUCAAGCAGAAAAUCUUUAGGGUCUUGGAGCAAAAGUUUAACUUAAAAAAUUACAUAAAAAAUAAAUAAGUUGUAUUCAAUCUUAUACAAUUAAAAAUAAUUUAGUCGAAGUAUUAAUAAGUAGCUAUGAUCACACAAUUUCUUGUUUUCCAAAUUAAAACAUUGUAGAGGAAGAAGAUUUAAAAGAUUUGUAUAUUUUAUAAGAUCCUAAAGAAGCAGUUUUUUGGAUUUCUGUUUCUGAAAUAGAUCCUAAUGAAAAAGGUUAUUAGACAUAAAACUUGGUAUCAUCAGGAUUUGAUAAUUUCAUUUAUGUUUGGUUAAGGAAAGCAGAUGAUAAGUGGCAUUUUAGAUCAAAAUAUAAGAGAAAUGAAUUAGGUUCAAGAAUUAGCUAUUUUGGAUCUUAAUUUGUUGUUUAAUAGGUCUUUUAGAAAGAUUAUAUUAAUAUCUUAAUGAAUUUAGGAAAGGAAUCUUCUAAUAAAGACGUAGGAGAGAAUAUAAAUACAGAUAACGUAAGAAGAAUUUAAUUUCAUGAUGAAUACAAACCUAAUUAAGUAAUUUUUGAUAAUGACAAAUUUCCAUUAUUAUUUAACUAGAAUAAAUAUUUAAUGUUAAUCAAAUAUGGAGAAAAGAUUUAUGCUUUGAAAUGUAAAUCCAAUACUACUGGAAGAAAUCAAAAUUGGUCUGAUAUCUUUAAGAAAAAAUAUGUUGAUUAAUACUAAUUUAGUCUUAUAGAGAAGUUUAAUAUAAGAUGUAGUUUAAAGUGCACAUUAGGAGCACUAUCAGCAGAUGGAGAAUAUUUAGUCAUUUACGAUAUCUUUGAUAAAAAGUUAAAAGUAUUCAAAGUAGAAUGA